GGCCGUUGGAGCAUCAGCGUCAAAUUUUGACUUCGUUUGAAUCCCGGUUUAACGGUCGGUUGAAAUAAAAUAAAAAAAAAGUAAAUAGCUUCUUUCAGACUGGCUUCACAUACGUGAACCAUAUGUUUUUUUGGCUAACAUCGACGUCUGUGCAGCUGAGCUGAUCCUGGAGGAGGAGAAGGAGGAGGAUAAAAACCUGGAGUAUGCGCCAAGUGUUUUCUGUCUUUUCUCCAGAUAUAAAAAGCAGACAUGAAGCUUCAGCUUGAAGGAAGAUGUCUACCAGCAUCACCAACCUCCUGUUUUACAUUCUGAACGGUCGGUUGAAGGGAUUUAAUGGCACAGCGGACGGCGAGGAAGAGCCAGCGACUGAAACUGGGAUUUAUGAGCAGAUUGAAGGCUGAAUAUUAAGUUGUGUUCUCUCCCGGAUGCUAACGGUUAACGGUUGCUACUAUCUGCUAGCUCUCAUCAUGCAUGCACUGACACGUUUGCUCGGGUGAAACCAACACCACCCCCCCUCCGCAAAAAUGUACCCAAGGGCAUAAGCAGCACAACAACACCGAGCCAUGUCGGACUGAGGACAGACAGCACCGUGGCUCCGUGAAGUCACAGCAGAGCAGAGCGGCUUUAGUUGGAUCAAAAGCUGGAGAGCUAGCCUCCAGCCUCCAGAGACCACCGAGAGGAUCACUGUCGACCAAAUCCAGCCAAAAUGGGAGAGCAGCCUAUCUUCAGCACACGAGCCCACGUCUUCCAGAUCGACCCCACCACCAAGAAGAACUGGGUUCCCACCAGUAAACAUGCUGUCACUGUCUCCUAUUUCUUCGACAGUACUAGGAAUGUAUACAGAAUCAUCAGUCUGGAUGGAUCAAAGGCCAUUAUCAACAGCACCAUCACCCCCAACAUGACGUUCACAAAGACGUCCCAGAAGUUUGGCCAGUGGGCCGACAGCCGGGCUAACACUGUGUACGGCCUCGGCUUCUCAUCAGAGAGCCACCUAACCAAAUUUGCAGAUAAGUUUGUAGAGUUCAAGGAGGCGGCACGGUUAGCAAAGGAGAAGUCUCAGGAGAAAAUGGAGCUCACCAGCACGCCCUCUCAGGAGUCAGCACCCGGCGAUCUGCUGUCCCCGAUGACCCCAGAGAGCAUCAACGGUACAGAAGAAGAGAGAGUCACACCGGAAACAUCCCAUCACAGUGAAGCCAGAGGAGAGCCUUCCCAGAAUGCAUUGCCCUUUUCACACAGUUCCUCCAGCAUCAAUAAGCACUGGGAGGCGGAGCUUGCAGCGCUGAAAGGGAACAACGCCAAGCUGACGGCGGCUCUGCUGGAGUCCACGGCUAACGUGAAGCAGUGGAAACAGCAGCUAGCGGCCUAUCAGGAGGAGGCAGAGCGGCUACAUAAACGGGUGACGGAGCUGGAGUGUGUGAGCGGCCAAACGACUGUGAUCAAAUCCCAAAAAACAGAACUCAACCACACAAUAGAGGAGCUGGAGCUCGCUCUGAAGGCCAAGGAGGAGGAGUUGGAGAGACUGAAAGCAGAGGUGGUGAGUGCCAACGAGUUCCAGUCUCAAAGAGACGUCCUCACUCAGAGACUAAAGGACUCGGAGUCGCGGAACGCCACGUUGGAGGCCCAGCUGAGCGACCUGGAGCAGCGUCUGGAGAGCAGCCAGCAGGAGCAGGAAGACUUCAGGAAGAGCCUUCGCUCGCUGCUGGAGCUGCUGGACAGCAAGAUCUUCGAGCUGACCGAGCUGAGGGACGCACUCGCCAAACUGCUGGAGGGCAGCUAGAGAAACAACCAACACAAAAUACACACAGAAACCCACAAUCCAAGACCACCGUCACUGCAGCCAGCACUCCGAGGAGAAACCACCUGCACGUUGGAUUCACACCUUCACCGACACGCUCGACGACUUGAAUUCUUUUUUUACCCACAUGUACGAUAAGUGUAAAAGUUUGUUUACACGGGACUCAGCAUUAGUGGUACACUCUCGUUUUUAAGCUACAGAUCACGUUUACAAACAAGUGAAGACGCUUCGCUUGGACCAUGCCUUCCCUCCGCUCCACGCCGGAACGAUUCUCACAACACGUUGAAAAUCUCAAACUUUGAUUUCUCAUUUCGUCUCUUGAAUGUCGUUUCAUUUAAGCAGACCUGAGAUUUUUUCUUUUUUACUUUUUUUGCUUCUUCAAUCAUCAAGACGUUUUCAAGCUUUGCUUUGGUGCAUUUUCAGUCGCCCGGGAGUCGGCGAUUGUUUCUUCCUUGCGUCAUCGUCAGCCAAAUAAUUACUUGAGAAGGUCUCUGAGGUUUUGUUUGAACUCGAAUGUCUUGAAGAGAAAAAAGUUUCUCCAGUGACUGAACUCCACCGAUGAACUGCCAAAUGUCAAAAAAGAAAAAGAAGAGCCGGUGAGGACUUUGUCUUAUUAUUCUAUUCUUCUACGAUAAAUGAGCAAUACAAAAAGGGAGCUUCAGAGGGAAAACCAACACUUCUCACUCUCACUUUCAGGUAUUUUACUCUCUGAUUUGUUUGAAGCAGAAGCAAAGCGGCGUUUUGCUCGACGGUCUUUCUUUCUACACGUUUUUUUAAAGAUUACGACUUGAUAGUGCACUUGUAAAAAUGGAGUUUGUGUGAGUGAAUCUUUACCCUUCUUGUUUUUGACUUGAAGUGCAAUGAUUGAAUCCUCUUUUUCUUAAUUUAUUACUUCACUGUUACUGAAAUUGUACACGAGCAAAGAUCUUUAUCUCUUUUUUAUUGUCUGGUACGUGAGUGUUUAAGGCAGUUUUGUUUCUGUUGGAAAAACUGGCAAUAUUUUUGAACUAUUUAUGAACGGACGUGGGAUAUAUUGAAGAGAAUCUUCUUUUCGUUUGCCAAAUAACACUUUUCCUGUACAGAUUUGAAUUUUGCAGAUGUUGCCUUUGGUACAGAGAUGCAUCAAUGGUAGCUAAACAGCAGUUCUUUUCUUCUUUGGUUGGAUUUACUAUUGCCAAAAAUACAGCGUCGUUAUGAGGAGUAUUAAGGUACGUACACCUGAAGAACACUAUUUAAGGGCUUGUUGGUUCAUUGAAGAGACUUGAAUGACUUUAUUGCGGUGAAAAUUCUGACUAUUACAGCUUCAAGAGGAAAAAAUCAUUUGAAUAAGACUUUUAAAUGUUGAUUAUUAUUAUUAUUAUUAUUAUGAUUAU